AGACUUGUGUGCUUGAGUGUGUAUAGAUAGUUCGUGGGUCUACCUGUGUCCAGGUUCUGCAUCUGGAAGUAACGUCAGGCCAUUACGUAGUGUAAAACGUACUGCAAUGGUUAUUCCCUUUGAACAUAUACGAGCUGUCCCUAAACGCAUCAUCCACACAAACCUACUGUAAGCGCUGGAAGCGACACGCUCGCCUGGACAAAACGCUCCCUGUGCCUCGUCGGGACCAACAACACAACCAGGUCGUCUACCACUAAACAUAUUCAGAAUUAAACUGGACGAAGAAGGAUGUCGGCGGUUUAUAAAGAUGACCAGGAGGACUGGAUGACUGUGUGUCUCAAGUACCUGCUCUUCCUUUUCAACUUUCUCUUCUGGGUGGGUGGAGCAGCUGUUUUGGGUGUAGGAGUCUGGACACUGGUGGAGAAGACCGACUACUUGAGCCUGCUGGCCUCCAGCACUUUUGCUGUCUCGGCAUAUAUCCUCAUCGUUGCUGGAAGCCUGGUGAUGGUUACGGGCUUCUUGGGCUGUUGCGCUGUCAUCCGGGAGCAGAAAUGCUGUCUGUCCACGUAUUUCUUCUUCCUGCUGCUGAUCUUCUUGAUUGAACUGGUGGCUGGAGUACUGGCUUACGUUUACUACCAGAGGCUGAGUGAGGAGCUGAAACAGCAUCUCAACCAGACUAUGACGGAUAACUACGCCCAGCCAGGGAAGGAGGCCAUCACAUUAGCUGUGGACAGACUCCAACAGGACUUCAAGUGCUGCGGCAGCAACAACUCCCAUGAUUGGAUGGCGAGUGUCUAUGUUUCAUCAAAGCAGGCCGAAGACCGGGUGGUGCCUGACAGCUGCUGCAAGACCAUCACCCCCCACUGUGGCAAGAGAGACCACCCCUCCAACAUCUACAAGGUGGAGGGCGGUUGCAUCACGAAGCUGGAGCAGUUUCUGGCCGACCACCUGUUGGUCAUCGGUGCCGUGGGGAUAGGAGUGGCGUGUCUGCAGGUCUGUGGGAUGGUGUUCACCAGCUGCCUGUACAGAAGGAUCAAGAUGGAACCGUACUGACACGCCACCUACGACUGGAUGAGUCACCGACACUUCAACCUCUUUAUCGCGAACCAGCCGAUCUAAGCCAAGUGCACUUUGUAUGGAUGCGAGACGCGUUCCAGGAAACCCACAUUGAAGUCAGAAACACAUUUAGCCAUUUACAAAUCGGGGGCCAUACAUUUAGGAAUGCCGGACUGUGAUCUCGACCGUGAGGAACAACAUGUCUGUUUGCAUGCUUAAUUUAAGUAAAGAAAGGGACGUACAUACAUACUCAAACUGCAUUCUUCUCUGCUCAACUAAUGAUGAUUUAAUUUGAUCUAUCAUGUGUUCACUGUGCAACGCUUUAUAUAUUCCAUUCCUGUUCUUAAGUAAGCUGAGCAACUACCCUGGUGUCACCGCUAAUGAAGAAAGGUCAUUUCUGGCUAUAUACUUUGUUCACGCAAUGUGCCUCUUUCCUAACUCUGCUGGUCAAUAACGAUGAUGUAUUAAUUCCGUGCCUGACAUCUGAAAGGGAGCUGACGAUGCACUGUGAUAAAUGGCGGCGGUUGGAAUGUAGUUUACAAUCGCGAUAUAUUUGCAGUAAUGCCUUCACUCGUUUAAUGGCAGGAUAGUUAUGAAAAUAAAGUGCAUGGCUUCAAACAUGAAGACAUGCUUCCACAGUAUAAUAAAUGUAGGAAAACGCCAAACUAUUUUCUCAAACGGUUGCCAGAUCCCUGAAUGUAGAACUCCACCUAGUGGUUAGCACCGGUAAUAUAUUUGUGUGCAAAAGUCUGACGGUGCUUCAGGAUUUUUUAAUACAUUAAUAUCAUCUAUUUAGCCUAAUGUGACACUAACGCUAAUUAUACAUGACAGAUGGAUGUCAACACGCAUUGCCUUCUGUGAAAUGUAGACUUCUUUUCAUCCUUCUCUGGAAACACAGAUGUUUCAUGCGGAGAAGAAGUUGACCUUUGUGACCGUGUUGCGUUCACUGCCUAAUCUAUCACUCGCCAUCCCUCUUCCUGAAGCCAUUACUUCUGAAACGACGAGUGGCCUUGUUGCUGCUGUACAGUUGAGAAGUCGUGUUGUGGAUUAUAUUGUAAGACAAGUAUGCUGUCUGGUUAUAGUUUUCUUUUCCAAAGAUGAAAAGAAAAAAUAUCCAUUUGAAAUGUUUUCAUCGCUGUCCCCUGUCAGUACUCAGGGGAGGGGCCUCCUUGAAUGUGUGUGUUUUGUUUAAUCCCUGAUGGACUUGUGAAGGGAGUUAAUGUAUCUAUGUUUUUUUAUGUGAUAGUAACAUGAUAUUGACAUAUGCUCCUUUAACUGACUGCUCUUCAAAAUAUAAUAAAUCAAUAGUGUGAAAUGUUGUCUCGUGUUGAUGCACGAUUAAUAUUAAAGGGUUGUUUUAGGCCAGUUGGCAUUAAUGUUGUUUGUGAACCGCAUCGUCAAUAAUAUGAAAGCCUAAUUCUAAAAUGUUUCCUUCACAUUUGAACUUUACAAGAGUUGACCUGCGACAGCCUUUCUGCUGCAAAGCUGAACUCUUGUAAAUCUCAGGAGCCAAAUCCAGGCCAAUAGUUUUGUUCGUUUGAAGAAAUUAUUUGAACCUGAAAAUUCAAGUUUUGGUCUUGAACUUAGAAAAAUUCAACAAUGUAUUUGAAAUAAAAUGAAGUGUAUGAAAAGUUU